AGAAGCUGCCCUUGAAUUUCCAUAGAUUUGCCUACGAACAGUAAUGAAAGAGCUGGGGUCGCAUGUUGAGACACACAGUCCACAGGUCAGCAUGAUGAUGGAGAGGAUCUUGCUGGGUGUCUUGAGUCUCUCAGGGUGGAUCAUCCCCUCCAUAUGCCUUCACCGUCAGUACCACUAUGUUGCUGAUUUAAAGACUUGGACUGAAGCUGCCUCCUACUGCAGACGGACAUACACAGACCUGGUCAGCAUUGAAAACACUGAAGGAAUGAACCAACUUAUGAACACAGUUUCAUCUUCCAGCAACAGCUCUGAAGUCUGGAUUGGUCUGUACAGUGGAAUCGUCUGGAGGUGGUCUGAUGGCUACAGAGGGACUGGGUCUAGAUACAGGAACUGGAGAACUAGUUACAAUGAACCAGAUUUUAGUUCAGGAACACAGCUGGAUCCUGAAUUUGUUGUUGUGAAUGAAAGAAUGAAUUGGUCCAGUGCUCAGAGGUACUGCAGGGAGAACUUCACAGACCUGGCCACUGUGAGGAACGACACUGAGAACCAGGAGAUCAAGCGUUUUGUGCCGUGUGGAGAUUGGGCAUGGAUUGGCCUAUUUAGAGAUCCAAAUUUUAAUUGGUCUGAUGGUAGCAACUACAAAUUCAGCUACUGGGAUAACGCUGACAACCCACUUGGCUCAUUGACACAUGUAUGUGCUGUUGCUAUGCAAAGAUCAGGAAAAUGGAGGGCUUUUGACUGUGAAAGGAGAUUACCGUUUGUCUGCUACAGCCUCCCUGCAAAUAGGCAGGUAGUAAGGCUGAGGAUGAAGCCGGAAGACUCCUCUCUGGAUCUGAAUGACCCUGCUGUGAAAGCAGACAUCCUGAAAAAGCUCCAGGACAGACUGGAGACGAAAGUAGCGGGAGCCACCCUGAAAUGGAGAGAGCAGCCUGAUGGGAAGGUCUUCUUCAAGGAAGGGAAAAGUUCUAAGAAGAAAGAAAGAAAAAAGACGGAGCUCUGA